AUGGCAUCCAUACUCGGAAGCUGCUCAACGGCAGCCUUGGCCUCUCGACCUCUCUCAUCUCGCACUUCCAGGGCUUCAAUUCCCUCCCUCUCUUUAAGCCCAGGGAAGAGUUAUGGGAAUAAGUUUUAUGGAGGGAUUGGGAUUCAUGGAAAGAAGAGGCCUCAAUUUCAUGUGGCAGUGACCAAUGUUGCCACUGAAAUCAGCCCUGCUGAGCAGGCACAGAGGGCUGCUGCUAAGGAAAACCAGAGGCCAGUAUAUCCAUUCGCUGCUAUAGUGGGGCAAGAUGAGAUGAAACUGUGCCUUCUGCUGAAUGUGAUUGAUCCCAAGAUUGGGGGUGUCAUGAUCAUGGGGGAUAGGGGAACUGGAAAAUCCACAACUGUUAGGUCCUUGGUUGACUUGCUCCCUGAAAUCAAGGUAGUUUAUGGUGACCCUUACAAUUCGGAUCCUGAAGAUCCAGAGUCCAUGGGAGCAGAAGUUAGAGAGAGCAUUGUGAAAGGGGAUCAACUUCCUGUCACCAUGACUAAGAUCAACAUGGUUGAUUUACCCUUGGGUGCUACAGAAGAUAGAGUCUGUGGGACAAUUGAUAUUGAGAAAGCUCUAACUGAGGGUGUCAAGGCAUUUGAGCCUGGCCUUCUUGCAAAAGCUAACAGAGGAAUUCUUUAUGUGGACGAAGUUAAUCUCUUGGAUGAUCAUUUAGUGGAUGUUUUAUUGGAUUCUGCUGCCUCUGGAUGGAACACAGUGGAGAGAGAGGGUAUUUCAAUUUCACAUCCUGCCCGGUUUAUUUUGAUUGGCUCUGGCAAUCCAGAAGAAGGGGAGCUGAGGCCACAGUUGCUUGACCGUUUUGGUAUGCAUGCACAAGUUGGGACUGUAAGGGAUGCAGAGCUCAGAGUGAAGAUUGUGGAGGAGAGAGCUCGGUUUGACAAAAACCCCAAAGAAUUUCGGGGUUCUUACCAAGCUGAGCAAGAAAAGCUUCAACAACAAAUUGGCUCAGCUAGAAGUUACCUUCCAUCUGUUCAGAUUGAUCAGGAUCUCAAGGUGAAAAUCUCUAAGGUUUGUGCAGAGUUGAAUGUCGAUGGAUUGAGAGGAGACAUAGUGACUAACAGGGCUGCAAAAGCUUUGGCUGCUCUAAAGGGAAGAGAUAAGGUGACUCCAGAGGAUAUUGCUACCGUCAUCCCUAACUGCUUAAGACAUCGUCUUCGGAAGGACCCUUUAGAGUCAAUUGACUCAGGUUUACUUGUCAUUGAGAAGUUCUACGAGGUGUUUAGCUGA